AUGGAGAAAAAAGAAGUCUCAAAAAUAACUAAAAAAGAACCAGUUCGUCAAGAACGAUGGUAUUUCGGUGGUUUAGCUGGUGUACUAGCUGCAUGUUGUACACAUCCACUUGAUACACUUAAAGUUCAACUACAAACUCAACAACGUGCUGACUAUGGACUCAUCUCUAUGGCAGUUAAAGUCAUACGUGAUGAUGGCUUCUUAGCACUUUAUAAUGGCUUGUCGGCAUCAUGCUUACGUCAAGCGACAUAUACUACGACACGUUUUGCAAUAUAUGGUGCUGUAAAAUCGAUGAGAACAGAUUCCAAUUUGAGUUUUGUAGAAAAAAUUAGUCUUGCUGCUGGUUCCGGUGCGGUUGGUGCAUUCGUUGGUGCACCGGCUGAUCUUGUCAAUGUUCGUAUGCAAAAUGACUGCAAAUUACCGAAAGAGAACCGUCGAAAUUACAAACACGCUAUCGAUGGUAUCGUUCGAAUCUGUCGCGAGGAAGGUCCUAAAGAACUGCUCAAUGGUAAACUAAUCUUCAAUAUUCUCCUAAGCUAUGUUCUUCUCGUCUAUUCAGGAGCAUCAAUGGCUGUUGUUCGUGGAGCUUUUGUCACUGUGGGUCAAAUUGCGUUCUACGAACAAGCCAAACAACUUCUAUUAGCUAGCGGUUAUUUCAAAGACGAUAUCGUAACUCAUUUUAGCUCAAGUUUUCUUGCCGGUGCCGGUGCCACGUUAUUGACAAUGCCAUUGGAUGUGAUGAAAACUCGUUUGAUGAAUGCCCCACCUGGAACUUAUAAUUCAGUUUUCGAUUGCUUAAAAGAUAUCAUGAAAGUUGGCCCUAGCGGACUAUUCAAAGGGUUCAUUCCAGCAUUUAUCCGUUUAGGUCCACACACAAUUUUAAUGUUUAUCUUCCUCGAGCAAUUGAAGAAAAACUUUGGUUAUAUCAAAAAAGAAAACCAAUGA